AUGUCGAAAAUUCUGGAUGGCCUUCUUGAUGGAUACGAUAAAAGGCUACGUCCCGGAUAUGGCGGCCCGAAUGCUACUAUCAUUUUCACCAACGUGUACGUACGAAGCAUGGGUCCGAUCUCUGAAAUGGACAUGCAAUAUCAGAUGGAUUGCUACUUUCGACAGCGAUGGUUUGACGACAGACUUAUGUAUGCUGGUCCCUACGAGACGCUCACCAUAUCUAUACAGUUUCUCAAGAACAUCUGGAAGCCGGACACAUUUUUCCAGAACGGGAAAGAUUCGUACGUGCAUACGAUAACCGCGCCAAACAAACUGCUUAGGGUUUCGCAAAGCGGAGAGGUGUUUUACUCAAUGAGGUUAACGAUCAAAGCGAGCUGUCCGAUGCGUCUGCAGAAGUUUCCCAUGGAUCAACAGCUGUGUCCACUCGUCGUUGGAAGCUACAGCUAUCCGGUGCGAGAUCUAGUUUAUCGGUGGGAGAAACCGGAGAACGUGGCAAAACCGGUGGACUUUCAAAAGAAUCUAGAGUUAUCACAAUUCCAAAUUCUCAAGACACCGUAUAUGAACACUACCAUGAAGUACAGAAAUGAUGAGUUUUCCGUCCUGAAAAUCCAAUUCCAUCUUAGUAGGCACACCGGAUAUUUUCUCAUUCAAAUAUACCUUCCCUGUAUAUUAUUGGUAGUCUUAUCCUGGGUAUCAUUUUGGCUAAAUCGAGAAGCAACAGCAGACCGCGUAGGCCUCGGCAUAACCACCGUACUGACGCUGUCCACCUUCAGUACGGACAGCAGGACGGAUUUGCCGAAGGUUUCCUAUGCAACUUCUCUCGACUGGUUUCUCGUGAUGUGCUUCAUGUUCGUUAUCGCGACGCUUUUAGAGUAUGCUGGCGUCCACUAUUUCACCAAGGUCGGCAGCGGCGAACGUUUCACCGACACCGAUAUAGAUUGGGAGGACGUCGACGAAGAGCAGGAGUAUGGCUACGGCGACACUCCCGACGACGACGACAGCGACUUAAAGGUUAACCAUAUGGCAGAUGUUGACGAUUUCUGCAUGAAUCGAUCGGACUGCAUAUGA